AUGAAGACGAUGUUGCCGUCAUCAUCGUGUCCUCAAAUCGCCGUAUUUUUCCUCGUUCAGGGACUUAUUGCGUUCCUGUUGUUUUCAUACAGCACCUUCAGAAAAAAUGAUCCAGUAUUGCAAGAAAAUACACAAGUGUUGCCACAACCCGUUACAGACAUAAAUUCCACUCAUCGAGAGCGUAGUUUGGUAAUUCUGUUAUGGACGUGGCCCUUUGGUGAACAUUUCACUCUAAACCAGUGCCCGCCACCCUAUGAGUCUGAUGAAUGCUUCUUUACAGCAGACCGAAGCUUAUAUAAGUCAUCAGAUGCCGUCAUUUUCCAUCACAGGGAUGUUUGUUAUUCCAGAAAGCAAAUGCCCGAGAUUCCAAGGCCUCCAGGACAGUACUGGGUAUGGUUCAAUUUGGAAUCACCAAGUCAUUCUCCAAACUUGGCCUUCAUGGACAAUCUCAUUAACCUCACCAUGUCUUACCGAAGUGACUCGGAUAUCUUCACUCCUUAUGGCUGGCUAGAGAAGAACGACGCCAUUCAAAACUUUACGAUCCCAAAGAAGUCCAUGCUGGUGGCGUGGGUAGUGAGUAAUUGGAACCCACAAUCCCAGAGGGUCCAUUUUUACGAGGAGUUAAAAAAAUACAUACAAAUUGACAUCUACGGUCGGCAGCAUAAACCUCUGGCCUCGGGCAAUAUGCAGGAAAACCUAUCCCAAUAUAAAUUUUACCUAGCCUUUGAGAAUUCUCAGCAUAGAGACUAUAUCACCGAAAAACUGUGGAGAAACGCCCUCGUGUCCGGCACUGUGCCCAUCGUCCUUGGCUCAUCUAGAGAAAACUAUGAAAAGUUCAUUCCCCGUGAUUCCUUUAUCCAUGUAGAUGAUUUUCCAAGCGCCAAACAACUUGCUGAUUACUUGCUGGAACUUGAUAAAGAUACCCAGAAAUACGAGCAAUACUUUAAAUGGAGGUCAACAUGGCGGCCAAAUGGGGACGAGGGUUGGGCUACACAUUAUUGCAAAGCCUGUAGGGCAUUGAAAGAUGCCCCUCCAUAUAGGACAAUUCCAACCCUUGUAAAAUGGUACACAUGAUAAAUUCUUAACAUAUUAACACCAUAUUGACACCAAGAAUGAAGGCAAAUGGCAAUGACUGCUUACAAUGUUCACGUUUUUUUAAGAUUGUAAAGAGUUUCUGGAAACUGAGAGUUCUGGAGUAUCUUUAUGAACCUUUGUGAUGCAGUUCAUAUUUUUUUGAAGCUUAUCAAAAAACGCUUUCACUAAACAGCCUUAUAGCCUUAUACAAAUGCAUCAUUUUAAUAUCUUCCAAGGGAAUGUUAGUUGGAUAAAAUUACAAAUGUUGGCGUAUUUCUAUUUUAAAAGUUUAAGCAGAACUCAAAAAUCCGCCAUAAGUUUGGACGGGGAAAGUUAGGCGUCCCGGGAGGUUUCGAGUCGAGCCGUAUUACGUUAGCUUUUGGGACCUAAGAUGUUUCUUCCGUUGGAAACACAAUAUGUGUCUGUAUUACAAUGAGUAAAAUGGGCCUUCGAAUAUCAAA